GAUAUGUUGUUUAUAAUAAUAUAAAAUGGCGGCCAAUUUCAUUUGCAAACUAUAUAAUUAUAUUUAGAUUUAUUAGCUGGUUUAACCAUGUUGGUCAGAACUGGACAAUCCCAAACGGUUCCAAAUAAUAUAACAUUGUCAAAAUAUGAAACAAAUCUCUUACCGGCGACACCUGGUCAACGUAGAAAACCGACUCGUAAACAACAAAAGAAUCGAGGACGUAAUCGUGGACAAAAAAAUGAAGAUCCAGGAAUUUAUUGUUAUACUUGUUUUGCAGAUUUUGAACGUGUUCCAUUGACGGUAUUCAAUCCGGUUACUUACAUUUAUAACAAUCCAUGCUACAAUCCAGCAUUGAAUUAUACUCUUACAGAUAAUGAGUAUUUAACCAAAUGUUCAUCGACAACCAAAUAUUGCAUGGUUGAUGUAACCCGAUUGAACAGAGUACUUAUUUCAGUCGAUCGACGUUGCGGACAAUCAACUUGUCGUAAAACCUGUCUUUCACGUGGAUAUGGAGUUAUUCGUGAAACUUGUACAUUUUGUUGCGGUGGCCGUAUAAAUGAAGAUCAUCCAGAUUAUGAUGAAGAAAUCAAUUCAGUUUACAAAUGUCCCAAUGAACCUCAUUGAAUGAAGAUGAAUUAUAAUUGUUUUAAUUAUUCUCUAAAAGUUUAUAAUUACUAAUAUAAUGGUGAAUGUAACA